AUGAAUGAUCAGACAGGUUUACCGUCGACAGCUUUGACUGUCGAUCAUAACUUAACAUUAACACUUCUCAGUAAUCCGGCAUUUGAUUCAAUCGAAUUAAUCAACAAUUGUAGUGUGGCACUACAAUACACAUUCGUUGAACCUAUUUUCUACUUAUAUCUCAUGUCUCCAUUAUGUAUUAUUGGUCUUGUCUUAAAUGUUAUUAAUCUCAUCGUUUUCUCGGAUCGUUCAUUUAAGAAUUUAACAUUUAAAUACUUACGUUUGAUCGCCUUUGUUGAUUGUAUUACAUGCAUAUUAGUAUUCAUUUACUGUAUUACGAACUAUACACAGCCACGAACAUUCAAUGAUAAAUACUUUCGUAUAUGGUAUUUGGUCAAUGUAUACUUUCCUAUGGCGAACAUAACAGCAGCUUGUAAUGUUCUAUUAACUAUAACGGUGACAAUCGAACGACUUGUCAGUGUACGUUGGCCAAUGUCAAAACAUCGAUUAUUCAAUCCAAAUCGUGUGUUGUUAACCUUAAUCAUUUGUUUUCUAUUUCCAAUUCUUGCAAAUUCGGUUAACUUUCUUGUAUAUAAAGUUGACGGAUGCAAUAAUCUCGAUGUAACGAUGAUUGCAAAAACCAAAGCUUAUAAAUAUUUCAGCAUAUGUAAAGAAGUUAUUCUUCGUUUUAUUCCAAUCUGCAUACUGAUAUUUUCGAACUGUUUGUUACUGUCAACUGUACAUGCUGCGAACAAAAAAUUCAAGCCGACGAAGAAAUCUCAUAACUCGUUAACUGUGACCACAACAUCAAUUUCACUUCAGCCAUCGUCAAAUGGUUGCGAUACAAAAUCUAUUAAUAAAUACAUUUCGGAAUCACAAUCUCAAACCGAUAGUCUUCUACCGAUCUCACCUGAAGAAAAUACCAACGGGCAACAACGUGCAUCAUUUGUGUCGACAAAUUCGAAAAGUCGAAUGCAUAUUCGAAAACAGCAACAAGAAAAACAGCUGACAAUUAUGCUCGUUUGGUUAUCAACGCUUUAUCUAUGUGGACAAAUUCCAAUGUUAUUCGCUUAUCCAAAUUUUGUUUUCAAAGAUACAAGCAAAGCUGCAUAUAAAUAUUAUGCAUUAGUUGUUAAUCUUUUGGAAUUAGUCACAUAUUUGGCUAAUUUUUUUAUCUAUGUGAAAUUCACCACACAAUACCAACAAGUUUUUCGUACAAAAAUCAAAAAAUUAUUUUUCUGUUUCGUUAAAACGUCUUAA